AAGACUCCGACUGAAAGUGAAGUCCUGUAUUUGUCAGCGCCGUUCUAAGUACCGCUGAUCAAUUGCCCUGAGACCGUGAGAGACUGAAUCGGGAAUGGUUAUAGGUCUAUAAAAACGUUUUAAGGUUGAAAUAGAAAAGGUUCCGCAGAGCUUUCUAUAGGACUAUAGGGCGUGUGUACAUAGAUUUUGUCAGUCCUCGGCCAAGAGGGGCUGGAACAGAAGCUACAAGUCAGCCCGUUGAAUAUCUAUAAAUAAAGUAUUAAAGGUUAGAGGAGGAUCCUCGUCUGUUCAGGCAGUGGAGGGUUCAGUACUAAUUUUGGGCACAGAAAGAAAUGUGAUCUCGUGUGUUUGCUUCAUAGUUAGAGGGCAAUUUCGAACAGUCAAGAUAUUAUUCAAGAAGGAUUAGCUCAGACAGACUGCAAGUAAUGAUAACUCACUCUAUGAACAGAAUGCAGACACUUCUGAGCACCUCGUUCUUCCCACGACGAUGCCCGCUGUGGACGUCCACUCACUGACAGGUCAUGGCUCGACUGCCCCCUUACCCCUUACCCCUGACCCUUGACCCCCGACCCGCUCCGAAUCCUGCUGACGUCACAUCCUCUCUGCACCAGCUGCUCGUGGACGCGUACACCGGGAAGGACAUCACUCGCCCCAGAGACCUCUACACCUUCCUCAGCAUCGGACAUAUCCCAGACGUCCCCGCUUUCCCCAGGAAGUUGCUCCGCUCCCGAUCCGUCCACGCCAUCAGGCCCAAACGAGUGACAUUUGAGAAAGAGGAAAGCUUCCACCGACGGAAAAGUCUCGGCGAAGACGCGAGCUCGUACGUGCACUUUGACCUGCAGCAUAACCCUCCUCUGUUGCCCCUCCCCGCCAUCAAAACUGACUUUCUUAUUGACCCCGAGGAAAAUAACGACCAAGACAAUCCGGACAACGAAGCGGAAAAGGAUGACGUCAGUGAAUCUGACAGCAUUCCCAAAAUUCCUAUCAGUUUAUUAAGAGGCUACCAUAAAGUAAACAUUUCUACGACGUACAUUUUCGCUCCCGAUGAACGCCUAACGGAAACGGUAAAGUAUAACCCUAAGGCUAUACUUCCUCAAAUCUCUCCGCGGAAAAAACCAAAACACCCUCGCAAAGAUCAAAGGCAAUGUAGCUCCAAUCAGUCAAACUCCAGCUCAGUUCUUUCUCUAGAGAUAGGCGGCACGAACCAGAGCAGCGCUGAGAGCUCUCCGAGGAAGAAGUACGAGAUUGUGAACACCACCCCUCGACGACAGAGCAACAAAUCCGUGGAGCCGAUCUUCGGCGUCCGCCCAGAGUGUUUGUUUAUUGAAAACCAGCUCGGGGACAAAAACCCGUUAGUGAGAGACCCGGCGAGGUCCAAAAUGUCGCAGGAGAUGCCGACAAAGAGUGGAGGGGCGGGGAUGUUGCAGGACCUGAAGGACUACUCAGGGUACCCGGACAUUUACUGGAAACUCCGCGCGGAUACUGUGGCGCAGCCCAAUGACCUUGAGGCAGACAUGAUUGACCGUGACCUCUACCGGCUGCGACAGAUCUCCACUCUUAAACUCAACACUGUCGAGCGGACGUUUCAGGUAAAAGUGACAUCUCUCAAACUCUCGGACCCGUCUUCGAAAGAAAAACCCCCGGAAGCUGUGACGUCAUCCCCACUUCACCAUGACAACAACAGCCCGGCGGGGAACCUGGAGCAGCUCAUGAUCAACGCCACGAGCCCGGGUUUGGGCGCCACUGACACGAGCGGUCAGCCAACUGCCCGCCACGGAACGAUCAAGGAGGAAGUAGACCCGGUCAGCAUCACGCCCCGAGAAGCCGUCGCCGCCUCCCUGGACGCCUACCAUCGCCAUCAACGGGGACGAGAGUCAGAGGAGAACUUAAAUUUCGGCAAAAUCUCCGUGGAAAAACUGCACCAGAAUAAGAAGAAGCGACAGAAGCAAACGGUGAAAACGACGCUGGUUCGAGUGGAUUUGGCUACGGUUGAUCAAUACAAUAACAACAACAAUAACAGGCCCCAACGGAAGGGCCUCCUGCAUCCCAUGAAAUACCGACAGCCCCAGCAGAAUGGACAUAGUUCUGUUUCCGGUCAUGCGCUGGCGGGCCACGAACCCGAUAGCAAUCACGCUCCGGGUCAAGGAGAGCAGGUUACACUUAAGGAAGGUCAAGGUCAUAACCCUGAAGAUGGUCACGAGACGGCGGGAGGGGAGGAGACGUCAUGGCCGGCUGGAUCAGCUUUGGACGCCCCUGCUGGAGCUGCUGGUGGUGGUGGGGUAGACAAAGCGUCCAGUAAAGCCGCCUCUACAACCGCGGGCGUGGCCACCAUUUUGUUUGACCCUCCAACAGCCGCGAGAACCAUGACCCACUGCUCUCUCCUCGAACCCAUGGCCUCCACGUUCGUGUACGGCCCCUCUACCAUCGGGCCGGUGGAAGAGAGCGGUGAUGAGAGGUCAGUCAUUAUUCAGAACACACACCCAACGCCUGAGGGGUCCCUCGCUGGGAAUGUUUCUCAAAAGGGAGGAGGAUUAGGAGGGGGUGUGGUUAACGGAAACCCCUCCCAGCAACCCAUUAAGACUCACCAUCUGGAAGUGUUCAGCGAAAGAAAGGAAUCCUUGAAGCCAAUCAAAAUCCCGACAGGUCGGACUACGUACCACCCUGGAAUGCCAGCUUAUAGGCUGGAUCUGGUCAACUACCCCCCUAGCAACGCUCGGCAGAGUUGUGGACGUUCCAACAGCGCUGGUCCACCAGACAGCCGGCAGACAGCUCUCACUGCCGCCACUUUGCAAUCCCAGAACCGCCCCUUUUCCUCACGACACGCCCACUCCACACGCCCCCUCUCAUCGAGACACACCCACACCUCCAUGACAGCCAACGUAGAGCUAGCGCGCAUGCCCCGGUCUGCAGACAGCGCAGGGGUCAACAUCCGGUUUGCGGGGCAAGGGGAAGUAAUUCUUACGAGUUCUUCGAAGGAGAAGAGGGCAGGAGCAGUGACCUCUCGGUAAAUCUGGCAAAAGUGCUCGACUGACUCCACAAGCUGGUUCUUUGUUCUGUCCAAGAUGCUAGUUAAUCGCAACCUUUGAAUUACAAAGUUCUUUCUGGCAUCUUUGGCGAUUUUGAAUUACUAAGACCAAGAGGUCAGAAACCAAAUAUGCUGUCUGACCUAUCAAAAUCGUAAGAUUAUUCGGAGGCGUUACCAAGACAUUCAAAGCAUUGCAUUCGAAAAAACUUGACGUGUUGUGAACCCAACAUUUUUUACAUCACAUUUGUCAAAACUUGGUACCGAGCAGAUAGAACUUUAUAAUUCUAAGAUAGCGAAAUCGCAAACAAACGAUAGAAACUCCCCAUUCUUGAAACGACCCAAGAGUGUAGUUUAUGUUAUGCUCUGCUGGUAUGCGUACUGCUUCUGAUGACAAUGGUCCAGGUCUCUCGUCAGACCAGCAAUGCGUGCCAGAAAAUGCUGGCUAUAGUCUAUAACGUUCCCUGUACGAGGAAGGAAUCGCCAUUCUGUACCCUGCUGUGAUAUCUCACUUUGAUAAAUAAUAUUAUGUUGAUUGUACCGAUAGAAGUAUUUGUACAAAUAGAUGAGAUGCUGUUACGUUCACUCAAACAA